CCAUAAAUCCUAACACCUUCGCCGCCACCCCCAGUCCGAGACCGAGGCGAAUCCUCUGCCCGUCGUCCAGAGCCUCUUCUAACACCACCACGACGGCGCACGAACACCCUAGGGGCUGUAUGCGGCCAUCGACACGAGUGCGCACCAGCUUCACCAUCUAUAGCGCUUCGCAUGAGACCUCGGCCGCAGCCAUCGACUCCCGGCCAGCAGCUUCCUGCCCUCGACACGUCCCGUUCCCUGAGCUUAGGACAUCACCGCCAUGGACAAGGACAACAGAGGGGCCCGGCAGACCGCCAAACCCAUUCUGCUUUCAGGCCCUAGCCUCGGCGCUGCCAGAUCGUCAAGCAAAAACACCACCACCAGCUGCAGUGAAGCCGGCGCCGGUGCCUGUGCCUGCACGGAAGAAGGUACUGGCUAAGAAGGGAGCAGCGGCGGCGAUGGGAGGUAGCAAAGAUGCGGGGAAGCAGGAGGAUGUGCACAGGUUGCGGAUUCUGGACAAUUGCUACAUGCAGUAUAGAUUUUUGAAUGCCCAUGCAGAGGCUGCGGCGAUAGCCAAGAAAGAUGUUGCUGAGAAAACAAUAUAUGGACUCUCGGAGAGGAUUGCUAAUAUGCAGAAAUAUGUUGCACAAAAGAAGGCUGAACUGGAGUGUCUAAAGAGGAUGGAGAAGGUGCACUUUGUUGUUGAUAGUCAGGUGCCUUCUUUACAACAAUGGUGUGAACUUGAGAGAGAACAUAUAAGUUGCCUUUCAUCAGGAACAGUUGCCCUCUGUGAUGCUGCAUCACGUGUACCGAUCCUAGGGAACAUUAAAGCCAACACUGGAGAAGUCAAAUUAGCUCUUAACUCCGCUAUGGAGAUUAUGAAACAGUUGUCUCCCUGUGUUGAUAAGUUGUCAAGAAAGGUUGGAGAAACUGAGGAUGUGGCUUCUGAACUCAGUAAUGUGGUAUCAGACGAGCAAGUGCUACUUCAAGAGUGUGCUGACCUCUUACAUCAAGCGCACGACAUACAGGCGAUGGAAGACAGCCUCAAGAGCCAAGUGAUGCAGCUGACCAAAAACAAGACAUGAAGGCAGUGAUCUUGUAGGACAGUUGACCAGUGGAGGUACAUAAUGGUUUAGCUUGCAGUGCAUAUUGGAUGAGGUGCAGCUGUUCUUGGAUAUUUUGGUAUAAGGAACAAAAUAGUUGUUGAUGGUAGUUAUAAUCAAUUUUAGCUGAUGUAGAGGGGCGCAUAUCAUAUUGAUAUACAAGACUGAGAAAGGGAUUGGCCGAUCAAGAAAUAGUGAUUUGGCUGUGGUAGGGCGUUUGUCUUGUCUAUAGUAUUUGUAGUGUAGAAGCACAUGUAGUUUGCUAUAUAAUAAAAGAAUAAAUAGCACAGAGAUGUUUAUGUUA